CACGCGCACCCAAGCCUCCCCAAAACACCAAGCCUCCUCGCCGCUGCUGCCGUUAUCCGCCGGCCGCCGCCCAUCUAGGUCUUCCACCGCCGCCGUCGCCGCCGCGAUCUAGUCUACACAGCGGCGCGUCCGCGCGUGUUCCCCGCCGUCGUAUGUGCGUCCGCCUCUUCGACAAUCUGGACAGCCGGUACAGCACUCGUCUCCGCUCCCAUGUCGUCGAGGACGACCGCGGGGUCCCGCGCCGCCCCUGGCGGCGGCGGAGGCCUGAGGAAGGUGCCGGCUAGUGGCACGACAUCGGUGCCCAGGCACGUGAGGAUGAUCCAGGAGAGGCUGGCUCGCGCGCGCGAGGAGGAGAGGCGCCGGGAGGAGGAGGAGAGGCGCGCGGAGGAGGAGCGGAGGGCGAGGGAGGAGGCAGCGAGGCAGGCGGAGGUGGAUAGGAGGCUUCGGGAGGAGAAGCGGCGAAAGAGGCAGGAGGAGGCGAAGAAGCGCGGGGAGCGGGAGGAGAAGCUACGGAUGGAGGCGGCGCGGAGGCGGUUGGGUGUCGCUGUUGCUGAUGCCACCGGCGGUGAUGGGUGUGGUGGCACGCAGAGAAGGCCCGUGUAUGAAUCAAGGAAGUCCAAAUCGCUGCCCAAGCGUCAUGUCAAUGUCCAAUCUGAAACCGAUUUGGGGGAAGCUCUGGGGUCUGAGGACCAGUUGCAGGAAAAACAGAGCAAUGCUUCACUGGAGGAUAAUGGUGGAGUCGUCGUUGUUGAUGCGCUGGAAUUUGGGGAGGAACACAUUACACAAUCUUCUUCGGAAGAGAGCAAUGAAAUCGACGAAGAUGAUACUUGGGAGAACAAGAGCUUCGAUGGAGUUGAUUCCCUGUUGCAUGGUAAAUCUCCCUCUUUUAGAGAACUGGAAGAGGAGCAAGCAGAGGAAAAGCAGGUGACCUCUGCUGCUCCAAUUUCUAACCCAAUCAGUUUAUCGGAAGAUAUUGGGGAAGAUUUGGUCUCUGCCCUUGAUGGUGAAGGUCAAGGCAAUGGGGUUGAUAUGGAGCUUCGUGCGCCGAUAUGUUGCAUCCUUGGGCAUGUGGAUGCUGGAAAGACAAAGCUGCUUGAUUGUAUUCGGCGAAGCAAUGUGCAGGGUGGGGAGGCUGGGGGAAUCACGCAGCAGAUUGGUGCAACCUACAUACCUAUUGAGAAUAUCAGGGAGAGGACCUCCCUCAAAGCUGAGGUUACCAUCGAAGUUCCUGGCUUGCUUGUAAUUGACACCCCAGGGCACCAGUCAUUCAGUAACAUGCGCUCGAGGGGAUCAAGUCUGUGUGACAUUGCUGUAGUGGUUGUUGAUAUUACACGUGGGCUUGAGAAGCAGACAAUGGAGUCCCUUGAUCUUUUGAAACACCGCAAUGUGAGGUUUAUUGUUGCCUUGAACAAAGUUGAUCGGCUAUAUGGUUGGAAGACCUUUAUCAGUGCACCAAUAGCAAAAGCGCUUAAGAACCAAACUGAUGAUGUACAAAGGGAAUUCAAAUGGAGGGUAACUGAGGUUAUAACACAACUUAUGGAAAAGGGUUUCAAUGCUGCCCUGUAUUACGAGAACAAGAAGCUGAAACAAGUUGUCAAUAUUGUCCCAACCAGCGCUGUAAGCGGUGAAGGCAUUCCAGACCUACUUAUGCUUCUGGUGCGAUGGGUGCCAAAAAUAAUGAUGGAGAGACUGACAUAUGUCAAUACUGUGGAGUGUACUGUGCUGGAGGUCAAUGAAGAUAAGGACUUUGGAACAACAAUUGAUGUAGUGCUGAUUAAUGGUGCACUUCGGAAAGGUGAUCGAAUUGUUGUCUGCACCAAACAGGGGCCUGUUGCAACCAAUAUAAGGUACUUGUUGACUCCUUCUCCAAUGAAAGAACUCAAAGUUAAGGGAGUAUACAAGCAUCACGAGGAGCUUAAAGCUGCUCAAGGGGUUAAAAUUGCAGUACGAGGGCUGCAACAUGCUAUGGCAGGCACUUCUCUCAUUGUGGUAAAGCCGGGGGAUGAUAUGGAACGAGCUGAAGCUGCAGCAAUGCAAGAAAUCAGCAAGGCCAUCAGCCUCAUUAACGGGGAUGAAAGGGGUGAGAAUGAAGAUGGAACAGAAAUACAAGAAAUUAGUAGGAUCAAGCAUUGCAGGGAUGGUGUAUAUGUGCAAGCAUCUAGUCUUGGAACCUUGGAAGCGAUUAUUAAACAUUUGAAGACUCUUGCUUUGGAUGUUCCUGUCAGUGGUUGCAACUUAGGCCCAGUCCACAAGCAGGAUGUCAUGAAAGCAACUGCCAUGCUGAAGAGGAAAGAAGAGUAUGCAGCCAUCUUGGCCUUUGAUGUCAAAGUAAUGCCUGAGGCUUUUGAACUUGCAGCUGAAUCGGGGGUGAAGAUUUUUAUGGCUGAUACAGUAUACAAGCUUGUUGAUAGUUUUACUGAUCACAUUAAUAAAUUGAAAGAAGAGAUGAAGAAGCAAUGUGCAGCUGAUGCAGUGUUCCCAUGCACCCUUAGGAUUCUUCCAAACCGUGUCUACCAUAGCAAGGAUCCAGUUGUUUGUGAUGUUGAAGUUCUAGAAGGCAUUGUCAAGGUGGGAACCCCAAUUUGUGUUCGUGUUCCAAGUAAGGAUAGCAGUGCUGAUGUGAUUCAUGCCCUUGGGAGGAUCUCAUCAAUGAAAACAUCCAAUGGCAUGCAGAUUAAUUCUGCCAGUAAUGGAGUUGUGUCGAUAAAGAUAAUUGGAGAGAAUCCUCAGGAGAGGUCCUGGGUGUAUGGACGCCAUUUUAACUCUGACAAUGAGCUGCUCAGCCAAAUUUCUAGGAAAUCCAUUGAUGUGCUGAAAGAACACUAUCGGGAUGAGAUGAGUGAUGAAAAUUGGCAACUGAUCUGCAGGCUAAAGAAACAAUUGGGGAUCCCCUAAAUCGUUUUAAAGAUUUUUAUACUGUCAUUUCCCUUUUGAAUCGAGAGACCUGUAAUCUAUUUAAGUUUUUAUGUUUUGAUUGUGCGUGGAGACAGCUUGUCUUUUUUUUUUGGUAUUUUAGAAUUGUUCAUGGAGACUCACUUUGAGUACUUGAGUGGUUUGAAGACUCUUUUCUGUUAUAUUCUGGAUUGUUGAAAUCAAUAAUAGAUGCUGGACAUGUUGAAAA